AUGAAUAUUCCAUUUCUUACUCGUCAUCGUCAAAAACGACGACUCAGUAAAUCAGUCGAUAGUCUAUUUUUAUCUAAACCAAUCACGACAAAACAUCAUGAACAUAAUAAAAAGGAACAAUUGGAAUACGGUUUAAGUUUUAUGCAAGGUUGGCGAUCUUCAAUGGAAGAUGUACAUUGUACAUUGUUAAAAUUAGAUGACAAAGCGUGGUCUCAAUGGUCAUAUUUUAGUAUAUUUGAUGGUCACAAUGGUCUAGAUACAGCUCGAAAAUGUGCCGAAGAUUUUCAUCGAUAUCUAUUGAAAUCAUUUAAUGAAAUGUUGAAACACGGUGAACCAAUCGAUGGUCCAUUAAAAUCGUCACAAUUAGAUUUAAUAUUAUUUCGAAAAACAAUUAAACAAACUUAUUUCUUCAUGGAUGAACAAUUAAGAAAAAGUAAAACACAACAUGAUGAAAGUGGAGCAGUAGUUAUUACUUGCCUCAUUGGUCCAGAAGUGAUUUAUUUUAUGAAUGUGGGUGAUGCACGUGCUAUUUUAGUAUCAAAAACUGGUCAAGUUUUAUUAUCAACUCAUGAUCAUAAAACAAGUGAUCCCGAUGAACAACAUCGAAUUGCAGAAAAAGGAGGUAGUAUAUGGGAUAACAGGGUCGAAGGACAAUUAGCAAUGACAAGGGUCCUAGGUGAUUUUUCAAUGGACAAAGAUUUAGUUCCACCUGAUGCUGAUAUCAAAGAAUAUACGAUUCAUGAUACAAAUAAUCCACUAGGUUUUAUCGUAUUAGCCUGUGACGGUAUUUGGGAUGUAAUGUCGAAUAAAGAAUGUGCGAAAUUUAUUGUAGAACGAAUGUCGCGUACACAAGAUUUGUGUAAAAUAUGUGAUGAAGUUUUAGAAGAAUGUUUGAAGAGAGGUUCAGCUGAUAAUAUGACCAUUUAUAUUAUUAAAUUUUUAUAA